CUUUACUUAAGCUUUUCGUCUCCUCCGUCACCGGCGGUGAGGCGACUGAUCAAACUCUCACUCUCACUCUCCUUCUCCUUCUUCUCCUUCUUCGUCGUCUUCUUCUUCUUCUUCUUCUUCUUAUACUCUGCUUCUCGUUCUUCUUCAGUUCUUCUUCAGUUCUUCUUCUUCUGUGAUGUCUCUGCAAGUGGAGAGCAGUUGGUGGAGGACCCACCUAACAUGGAGGACAGUGUACGUGCUCUUUCUGGGUCAGCUCGUCUCCUUCUCCAUGGCUGUCGCGAGCUUCACCUCCUCCCUGCUCGCCGACCUCGGCGUCAAUGCGCCUCUCACCCAGAUGUUCUUCCCCUACGUGCUCCUGGCUCUUGUCUAUGGUAGCGUCUUCGUUUACAGACGGCGCAAACUGUUGGUUCCCUGGUAUUGGUAUCUCCUCUUGGGGUUCAUUGAUGUUCAAGGCAAUUAUCUCGUUAAUGAGGCGUACCAGUUCUCUUCAAUCACCAGUGUCACUUUGCUCGACUGCUGGACAAUAGUGUGGGCAAUAAUAAUGACGUGGUUCUUUCUUGGAAGCCGUUAUUCCAUAUUGCAGUUGAUUGGGGCGGCCGUCUCUGUUCUCGGCUUGGGCUUAGUGAUGUUGUCCGAUGCUGGUGUUGGUGGAGGAGGCGGUUCGAGACCAAUCCUAGGAGAUGUGCUUGUCAUUGCAGGAACAGUUUUCUUCGCCAUGAGCAAUGUUGGAGAGGAAUUUUGUGUGAAGAAGAAGGAUCUUGUAGAGGUUCUCACCAUGCUCCCUUUGUUCGGAUUUUUAGUGAGCACAGUCCAGAUAUCUAUUCUGGAGAGGAGAACUCUCGAGUCUCUCCAAUUGACGACAGACCAAAUCUUAGCCUUUGCCGGUUAUGCUGUGGCCAUGUUCGCGUUCUAUUCCCUUACGCCAUUUGUUCUAAGGAUGAGUGGGGCUGCAUUGUUCAAUCUCUCCCUGCUCACAUCUGAUAUGUGGGCCGUCGUCAUCCGCAUCUUUUUCUAUCGUCAAGGGGUUGACUGGCUGUACUAUCUAGCUUUCUCACUCGUGAUAAUUGGAUUGAUCGUGUACUCUGUCACGGGGAAGGAUCCCGAAACCGUGCCAUCCAUUGAGAAUAGGACUUCCACAGACUACCAGUUACUCAAUGAUGAAAGCAGAGCUCUGAGAGCUGAGGAUUCCGAAUCGUGAGCAGCUUCUUGUACUACUGAAGGUUCAGUAAAAUAAUUACGAUGAGAUGCAGCUUCAAUAUCUUCUGCAGCGAUUCAUCCCGGUCUGUUUCAUGAUGACCAUAGCGAGAUCUGCUGGAUGAUUAAAAGCCGCGGAUUUUCUUUUCCCUUUUUUUUUUUUAAAAAAACCUGGUUUACAGUUAUUCCAAAGCAUCUUCUAAUUAGUUGAACAAUUCGUAGUAUAUUUCCCCAAUUAUUUGAUGGUUCUGUCAUA